AUAAUUCCUCGAUGCCUCUGUCAGUUGAUCGCAUCGCCUAGUCGGUCCCUUUUACCCUGUCGUUUCCCACCCUCACUACGCAACCUAAAUCAAUGAUCCAUCUCCACCCGUGUGAGAUAACCAGCUUCAACUUUCCAAACUCGUUCUAGCAUUUUGACUUUCAGCACAGGUAAUGCUAUUGAAUCCCGCGUGGUGAUGAUCUUGAUCCUGGUCCUGGUAACCAACGCUUGAGAACUUGGACCACUCGACUCGGUCCAUCACGACCUUCCCCCCCUGUCGCUUCACAAAUCGUCCCUCGACCUUGUGUCCACACUACGGUCGAGCUAACCGUGGUCCUUCAUCAUGGAGUCGAUCCUGUCAUGCGGUCCAUGCGAUCGACCUCACGUCCAAAUCCCAUUUAUCAGUCCGGUAUGACCAUCUUACAAGAUUUCUAAUCUUUCAUUCACCGACCUCAACCUCCACUUGACUUGUCGCCCACUGUGUGAGAGCCAUACAUUUUUAUCCAACACUGCGACACACACUCACAUCUCACCCGACUCUUCUUUACUAUAGUCGAGCGUUUACAAUACCCCAGACGUCUACCUUAGCUUGUUCCUUUUCAUGACCAAGUCUGCGCCUUCAUCAUGGCCGCAGAGCGCAAAAGCAGCGUCGUCUCUGCUGUGCACCGCAGGUCGGUAGCUGAGGAGCAUGUCACUUCCGUCCUUGCCCCAGGCGAGGUUCCUCUUCACGAUCGAGAAUACGACGCCGAUGAAGCUGCUCUUGCCGCCCUAGGUUAUAUUCCUGAAUUCAAGCGUGAAUUUUCCCUAUGGACCACCUUCUGCGUGUCUUUCGCCGUCUUGGGCCUUCUACCUUCAUUCGCCUCCACCCUUUGGUUUGGUAUGGGAUAUGCUGGCACUCCUGGGAUGACCUGGGGAUGGGUGAUUGCCAUGUGCUUCAUUCAAUGUGUGGCCUUGGGUAUGGCCGAACUUUGUUCAAGUAUGCCUACUUCCGGCGGUCUCUACUAUGCCGCAGCCGUCCUCGCACCACCUGGAUACGGCCCUCUUGCUGCUUGGAUCACCGGCUGGUCCAAUUGGUUCGUCCAAGUCACUGGCGCUCCCUCGGUUGACUACGCUCUGGCUUCCAUGAUUCUGGCUGCUGCGUCUAUCAACGAUCCCAGCUAUGUCCCUGAGAACUAUCAAGUGUUCCUCCUCACCACCCUGCUGAUGAUCAUCCAUGGCUGUAUCUCCUCCAUGCCCACACGUUGGGUUGCCACCUUCAACUCUUAUGGUAGUAGUUUCAACAUCAUGGCUUUGAUAAUUGUCAUCAUCACCAUCCCUGCCGCCACCACACGGGAGGACCAGGGUCUACCUCGUUUCACCAAAAGCAGUACCGUCUGGGGCAACUUUUACCCAGGCACCGAUUUCCCCAACGGUGUCGCCCUCCUCAUGUCGUUCAUCUCCGUCAUUUGGACCAUGUCUGGCUAUGAUGCUCCAUUCCAUUUGGCCGAGGAAUGUAGCAACGCAGCUAUUGCCGCCCCUCGCGCAAUUGUCCUGACAUCAGCCGUGGGCGGCAUCAUGGGUUGGUUCCUCCAGCUUGUCGUCGCCUACACUGUCAUCGACAUUGACGAAGUCCUGGCCUCCGAACUCGGCCAACCAUGGGCAUCUUAUCUCAUUGAAGUCCUCCCGCAAAAAACCGCCCUGGCCCUACUCUCCCUGACCAUCGUGUGCGGCUUCUCCAUGGGCCAAGGCUGUAUGGUGGCAGCAUCACGAGUCACGUUCGCAUACGCACGAGACGACUGUUUCCCAUUCUCCAACCUCUGGAAACAAGUCAACCCGGUGACCAAGACGCCCGUCAAUGCCGUGUGGUUCAACUGCGUGAUCGGCAUUCUUCUGGACUUACUCCUCUUCGGCGGUACAGCCAUCGACGCCAUCUUCAGUAUCGGUGCCAUUGCCGCCUUCGUUGCCUUCACCAUCCCCAUUACCAUCCGCACCUUUUUCGUCGGAGACCGAUUCCGUCAAGGCCCGUGGCAUCUAGGGAAAUGGUAUUUUCCCAUUGGAUGUGCCGCGACGUGCUUCACCGUUCUGAUGAUCCCGAUUCUAUGUCUCCCGCCCGUGACAGGAAGCAAUCUCGAUGCCUCUUUGAUGAACUGGACCUGUCUCGUCUGGGGUGGGCCCAUGCUGAUGGUUUUGAUCUGGUGGGUGGUCGACGCGCAUAAGUGGUUCAAGGGCCCCAAGGUCAAUAUUCAGCAUCAAAUGCUAGGAGCCGAAGGGAAUGUCAUCGACGCCAAGGAUGCCAGUUCCGAUUCUGGUAUCGAUACCAAUCCUGGGCCCAAGGAUAUUGAGGCCAGUAAGUUGGUUUGAAGCGUGGUACAGUUCAAGUUGGAUGAUGAAUCUAUGGUCUUAGGAGAAUAGUCUAACCACCUACCCGUUAGGGGGGCUGCAUGUAGUUGAAUUACUAUCACAAGUGAUAACAUAAGAA